AUGAAUUCUUUACACAUUUCCAUUCCUGACUCUGCAGAUCCAAACGACUCUUUUAAUACAUUCAACCGCAACAAGCGUGCCAGCAUGUCCUCAGUUCGCUCAGGUGCCUCCAUGUCAUCGCCAUAUGAGCCAUCGUCUGAUUUCUUAUCGUUCAAUGAAAAUCAAUCUGCAGCCAUUCAACGUAGACCUUCAAAGAAGGGUGUCAGCACAUUCAUUAGCAAACUGUAUACGAUGGUGGAAGAUGGCCGCCAUCAAAAUUUAAUAUCCUGGAACCCGAAUGGAACAUCAUUCUUUGUUUGCAACGCUACUCAAUUUGCUCAAGAAGUACUACCUGAAUAUUUCAAGCAUAGCAACUUUUCUAGCUUUGUGCGUCUCUUAAACAUGUAUGGCUUCCACAAAAUCAAUAAGUCGCCAAGAGGACAAAGAGGAAGCAACGAGAAUGAGAUUUGGGAGUUUUCUCAUCCUAAAUUUCAACACGGUCGCUCAGACAUUUUAAAGGAGAUCAAGCGUAAAGCCAUGGAUUCUGAACUUUUGAGACGUGAAACGGGCGAUAUUCAUGCUUCAUUUGCGAUGCUUCAAAUGUCGCAAGCAGAUUUACUUCAACAAUUUUACAUUUUACAAGACAACUUUUCGAAUCUACUGCAAGGAUUUGAAGAAACCAAAAAGAUACAAUUUCAACAACAACAAAUCAUCAAUCAGCUGGCUGAAAGACAAGGAUUAAGUCAAAAUGAUAUCCUUCAAAUGCAAAAUGAUAAUAAGCAUCAUUUUGAGUCGCCAACUGUUCAUUCAAAUAAUCACUCAAAUACUGCCAGCCCUUUAACUGUAUUCGUCACAUCCCCCGCCGUAGACCACCAGAUUUAUCAUAAUGACGCCUAUAAUCCUAUGCAAUUCGUAAAUGACCAACACAAUUGGGACAGCAACAGCAUGUCACUCCAACAUCCUCUGCAAGCAACCCCUGAUGUGACCAUGUCCAUGUAUGAUACAUCAAAUAGCCCUUCACCAGCUCCCGUGUCGCCCAACAUGUUUGACACGGCAGUGAAUACACCUUUGCCCCCUAGUCCCGUCCCUUCUGUCAUGCUUGGUUCUCCUAUCAUGACUGAUAGCCAUAACAAUCAUCGCGAUUCUCUUCAAUUUCAGCCUCCAAAAUACGAGGAUGUUAAUACCCUUAGCAUUGGAUUAUCGUAA